UUUCCCCGCUUCCUCUCGUACCAAAGGCCGAAACCCUCGACGAAAAAAGAAGCCCAGAAGUCGCGUCGGGAGCUUGCAGGCGAAGCUAGCGACGGGCUCGCGGCGUUCUGUCCGAAACCCUCGGCUCCCUUCCCAUUCGGCUCCUGCUCAAAGCCCUUGACGAAAAGAAGCGAGGAAAUCGCAACGGGAGCUUGCAGGCGAAGGCACCGAACGCAUUAUCACUUCUGCUAUUCUUGGUUGUUGACGUUGAUAUGUGCAAGGCACAACACCUGUUUAGAAAUUUCCCCAGUGAAAGGCAUGCACUAAAUUUGCUAGGAGCAUGACUCUUCUUCGGGCCGGCAUGCUUCCGAUGACCUCUAGCAUCUUCCAUGCACGUUAUGACAAUCCUCUACGUGGGGAGUGCCGUUUUCUCGCCAUCCCAAUGCCAACUCUUUUGAAUGAUUGCGUGUCUCUAAGGGUUGAAGCAAGAGGCAUUCCUCGAAAGGAGAGCCCUAAGAUCAGGAAUCGUAGAAUGCGAAGAAAGUUCAAUGGUUCUCCAACCAAACCAAGGCUCUCCGUUUUCUGCUCAACCAGACAACUAUAUGCCAUGCUUGUUGACGAUCGCAACAAGAAGACUCUAUUUUAUGCCAGCACUUUACAGAAUUCUAUGCGUGAGGAUCCUCCUUGCAGCACCAUAGAAGCAGCCCAGAGAGUAGGGGAAGCACUCGUUCACGCGUGCACAGAGCUGCAAAUUUCGGAGAUAUCCUCUUAUGACCGCAAUGGAUUCGCUCGGGGAGAAAGGAUGCAAGCUUUUGAGGUUCCAAUUGCACAGUAUGGGUUGCUCACCCGUUGAUCAACGUAUUCUUAUUCCUAAAAUUCAAAAAAGGAAAACAAGUGCGAGGUUAUGUAAAGUAUAACUUUAAAUUAUAUUUUAAUACUUUAUGAUUAAUUAUAUGAUGUAAAAUUAAAUUCAAUAUUUUCAUAUCUUUGUAUUAAAUUGCGAAAUUUAAUGUCCUUGUGGAAAAAAUGCUUUGCAAUUUUAAUUGUUGGUAUUUUAAAACGGGUGUUAAAAGA